ACAGGUUCCAGCAUGGCGGGAACCUGUCUCUCUCUGUGCAGCCUCCACACUGUGUGCUGCUUCCUCGCUGGAACACUUCUGUCUCUGCCAGGAAAUGGGCAGAAUGUGUCAACAGUAUGGACAAUAGCCUAUACUGCCAUCACUGUGGAUGGCGAUACCACAGUUGCUUCAGAGUUAAAUGCCAGUAGCUCCAGCUCACCUGAAACGCUGGCUUCUGCCACACUCAGCUCCGUAAAUGUCACAACAGCACUACAGAUUACGGACCAUUUCACCAAUGCUAGCAUUGACAUGCCUUCGCUUCCUACUCCGACUGCAGACUUCAAGGAAACUAACCAUUCUAGGUUGGAUGAUGAUGCAAAACCCACCAAUACUACAUUUUGGGUUAUUUCCAGCACAGAUGUCAUGGCUACAGAAACAUUUCAAUCAAAGGAGAUAAGAGGGACAGCAGCUGUACCUCAGCCAACAUCGCCCACAUUCAGCAGUCUGGGGCCUACUGAAAGGAGAUCAGAAACCAUGCCAGUGACAGAUCAUGAAAUUACCACAGAGGAAAGCACUGCCAAAUCCACAGCAGUUCCAAGUGCUACCAUUACUGAUGCAGGAGAGCUCACACAGAAUGCAUCUAACAUUACCACGUCAACACCUGGGGUUGUCUCCUCCACUCUUAUGUCCCAGACAACCGUGCCUGUGGAAACAGAGCAACCAACCAACCAUAUACAAAAGACAUCUGUAGCUGAUGGGGAAGACUUGCCCAGUAUGCCAGAAACCAAACCCAUCAGUGAGGAUCCCCUGGUGAUUGCUCUCAUCUUCAUCUUUAUUGUGACAAUAGGGAUCCUGGCUCUUAUGGGUUUCUUGAGAUACCGUCGGCAGAGUGGUCAGCUACAAUUUAGGCGACUCCAGGAUUUGCCUAUGGAUGACAUGAUGGAGGACACACCUCUUUCCCUCUAUAGCUACUAAGCAAACAGAAGACAGUUUCUGUAUUCUGCUUCUGGAAAAUCAAGGGAAGCACAAAACCAACAAAGGAUCUUGACUGGAAAGAGACUCCCCUAAAAGAUUUGAGAGCUGCUGUUCUAAUUUGCACAUGACCAUACCAAUGCGUGUCAUUUGGCUUACUUUAUAAAGGCACCAUUUAAUUCUUAUUUUUGAGAAUCGGAGCCAGAACUUUCCCUGGUGCCUCUGAAUUCUGUGCUUGGAGGCAAAUGGCUCUGGAGAACAGAGCUUCCUUCAGGCUUUCAUUCAGUGGCUGCACUAACUUGUUGAUGGAAAGGGAGGCUGUGCCUGGAUUCCAUGGAACAGCACUGCUGGGACUCUGACACAAGAAGCAAGUGAGCCCAGUAGCAGCCAUUGAGUGUGUUAUUCAUGCAUGGAAAUGCAACCAAACUGAUUUGGAGGCCUCACUGGCUCCCUCCUGGAGUUUAAUUUUCUUUUCAUUGCACCUUGAUUUCACUUUUUAUCAGUAGGACAAUCCAAUGGGAAAACAGGAAGUAGUGAUUCUACCUUUUCCAUAGGAAUCCUGCUGUAUCAGACCAAGGGCCUAGUCUAGCAUCUUGCUCCCCGUGGUGGCCAACUGAAUCCUCCAGAAAGCUCAAAUGGAGUUUGAGGGCAAUAAUUCUCUCUGCAGUUAUUCUUCAGCAAAUAGUAUUCAGAGCCUGACUACUACUGAAAUACCUCCCUCUUCUUAUUGUUACAUUGAUAUCAGGGGAAAUAAAAGUAGUUGUGAUUUGGGCAA